AUAUAUCUAAAAAAAGGCAUAUGUUACUAUCUAUUAUUUUUAGUAUCAAAAAUUUUAUUAUUUACUACUUCAUGUCUGUCGAUAACUGUCAAGGUAAUUCAGUAAAACUGAAAAAUUUUAUAUAUAAUAUACAUAAAAAAAAGCUCUAUUUUAUUUAUUUGAGGUAUUUUUCAUACGCAAACCUGCAAGACGCCAAGUUAUUUUAUGGCUAAACCAAAAAAAAAAAAGUUAAAUAACCCGACAAGUAAAUUUUAUAAUUCUAAUUAGAAAAAACUAUAACCAGCUCAGGAAUUAUAUUGUUACGUUUUAUAGCAACAAUAGACCGCAGAGAGUGAGAGGGGGGGAUAAGGAAGAAAAUGACAAGAUGACAACGAAAGUGACGUUGGUUCGUAAUCCAUAUCCAGUGCCUGAUAUUUCACGUGAAGGAAAUUGGAUACUGGAUGGACCAUAUUUGGGGCAAAGUGUGUCAACAGACGACAAAACCUGGCAAGAAAAAUUACAACCUCAUGAACGACUUUUUGCUCAUCAUACCCUAACCAGUAUUAGAAAGGAUCAUCGCUUAUUUAGACCACAGGUACCCACAGACUCUCUUGAUUAUGCCCUUUCAUCAGUUUACAAACAUUGUAAAGACACAUUUGUUCCAAAAAUGUAUACUCGAAUUCAACCUGAAUCUCUUGGAAUAGAAACAUGGCGUGUUCUUCGUAAUGAAAUUAAGACGUUCAUAAAGCCACCUCCACCAUUGGGACAUCCAUUGAAAAAGGUAAAUGGUCAGGAGGAAAUAAAGCACCAUAAGAAAGUUAAAAAUAUUCACACAGGAGAAGAAUCUAAACUACAAGAAACUGAGAGCUUAAUAAGGGACAAAGUACGCAGAAUUCAUCCUAGUAGUUUGAAAUUAGCCAUUGAUGGUCCUCAUAUGGAUCAAACCAAUGCUGGCUAUAGUCGAAAAAUUGAUGGAACUUAUUACAAUAUUUAACAGUUUUUUUUUUGGUUUUUAAUAUUUAAAAAAGUAUUGAAAAAGAUUUAUUGAGAUUCCUUUAUCCUUUAAUUAGGAAAUAAUAAAAAUCGGGAUAUAAACUGCAAUAUUGAAAAAUUAUUAGUGACUACAUAUAUGUACAUGUUAUAAAUUAAAUGUUAUAAAGGCAGUUAAAAAUAAAUAAAAAUAAUUUAUUUUCAAUGUAUCGAAAGACAUCCUCUCCAAAUCGGUUCAACGCCAUUGACUCUACUCGCCAAUUGUCAUAAUUUUCGUCA